AUGGGAGCACGUGAACAGGAGCUGCAUCAGAUCCUGAACAAGGAUGUCGAGCCAAAGGCUGGUGUGGAAGAGAUAGGACAGAUCUCGAAGGGUAGUGCACAACGACCGGCCGAGGUUGACGAUGGACAAGAGCGGCAGUUUGUCGAGACGCUCGCCAGAAAGUACUUGAUGCUCCUGGCGAAGAAGUUCCCUGCAUGUUUUGCCGAGGCAAGAGAUGCCAGGAGUGACAACCGGGGCAAACACAUGAAGUCACCUGAAAACAGAGAAAAGAUGAACCAGGUUGUCCGGCCGGUGCAGGACUGCUGGAGGAGAACGUCGGAGUGCUUGUACGAGAAGUUCAAACCAGUCGGGGAGACGGUCUUGGAGGAGACUCUUAGGAAGCAGCUGAAGACGGCGAAAGUCUGUGCGAAGAGCAAGAAGCUCUGCGUCCUCCUGUCUCUACAGAACUCCCUCCUUCACCAAGAGAUCGUCUCAGGCCCUGGGACCGAACACGAGUUUCAACAGCUUUCAUGGGACAAGAGCAAGAGUUUCUUCGGGUGGACGGGGUUCACAGUCGUCAAUCCAGACGACUUCUUCUUCCGCUUCUACUCAUUGCACAGACUAGUCAUGUUCCUUGCAUCUCGACGCCAAGGAGGUGCGGAGGAUGCCUUUGCUGGGGACGACAUGGACCUUGUCAUGUCGAAGCUCAAAGACGAAAUGUACGAAGAUCUGGACCUGUCCUGCGACGUCGUCAGUGGACUCUUUCACGACCUGGGGUUCAAAACGUUGAGUUUCAAGCAGGCUCUGGGAGGAUUAGAGCCAUUUGUGUAUACAUGUACAACAUCCAACAAGAAGAAGGCCAGGGUGUAA